CACGUUCGCUACAAUUUCAAUUCCGUUGUCUCAUUCAAUGCAGGGCCCAUUGUCCCUGCUCCCAACAAAUCUCAGAUCUUCUCCUAUAUAAUGGUAGGCGAGGCCAACGAGGACACCCAAAUUGAGGUGUCGGAGGAGAUGGGUUUCGACGCCAAUGCCUCGUCGGCGUCCAUCGAGCACAAGGCCUACGCGAGAGUGGGACUUCUGGGCAAUCCCAGCGACGUCUACUAUGGGCGGACAAUUUCCUUCAGUCUCGGCAAUUUCUGGGCCUCCGUGCGCUUACAGCCCUCUGAGGAUCUCGUCUUCCUGCCUCAUCCUACUCACGAUCUCGUUCAGUUCAGAUCUCUCGAUCACCUGGUGAAUCGUUUGCAUAAAGAAGGUUAUUAUGGUGGUGUACGCUUGCUCAUGUCAAUCUGUAAAGUCUUUUACAAUUAUUGCAAAGAGAACAACAUUGAUCUCCACGAUGGAAACUUCACUUUAUCAUAUGAUACUAAUAUCCCUCGUCAGGCAGGGCUUUCUGGUUCCAGUGCCAUUGUUGCUGCUGCACUUAGUUGCCUUCUUGACUUUUACAAAGUCAGACAUUUGGUCAAAGUGGAGGUCAGGCCUAACCUUGUCCUUAAUGCAGAGAAGGAACAUGGAAUUGUUGCUGGUCUCCAAGAUCGGGUUGCACAGGUGUAUGGUGGCCUUGUUUAUAUGGAUUUUAGCAAGGAAUACAUGGAUAACUUGGGGCAUGGCAUCUAUAUUCCCAUGGAUAUUAGUCUUCUCCCGCCACUCUAUCUCAUAUAUGCUGAAAAUCCAAGUGAUUCUGGAAAGGUACACAGCACAGUUCAGCAAAGGUGGCUCAAUGGUGAUGAGUUUAUAAUAAAAUCUAUGGUAGAAGUUGCAAAUCUAGCUUCAGAAGGACGAACAGCAUUGCUUGAAAAAGACUAUUCCAAAUUUGCAUACCUCAUGAAUCAUAAUUUUGACCUUCGAAGGCGUAUGUUUGGAGAAGAUGUCCUUGGUGCACUGAACGUGGAGAUGGUAGAGGUGGCUCGGAGAGUUGGUGCUGCAUCCAAAUUUACAGGUAGCGGAGGAGCUGUUGUAGCAUUCUGCCCUGAUGGACCUUCACAAGUAAAGCUUCUGGAGGAUGCUUGUCAGAAAGCGGGUUUUAUCAUUCAACCUGUAGAAGUCAAGCCUACUUGCUUAAGUGAUAUAGAUCGUAAAACUGUGUUAUCGAACUAGUGAGUUGUGGUCCAUAAUUUAGAACAUUUCUCUUGCUUCACUUCUCAAAAAAUCCAAAACCCUGCUCAAGUUGAGAGGUGGACAUGGAAAAUAAAAUCUUUGCGUUGUACAGAACCUUUGAUUUUGGGUGGGUGGGUGGAUGUUCUUUUUUCAAUUAUCUUUAAUAAUGAAGGGUGCAGCAUAUUAUCAUUCUGUUUA